GCUCCCAGGCGAGCGCGAGCUCUGGGCUUGGACCCCGCUCCCCUGACCCCGCCCGCUCUUUACCUACCAGCGGUGGCUGGUCCGGUGGGCUCGUGGGGGAGUCGCUUGCGCGCGCACGCGCAUACGACGUGGAGCGGUUGCCGAGACCUGGAGAAGGGGAGUAAGAAGCAUCGGAAGAGAAGGUUGCUAUGGAAAUGUAAGACCACAUUAAAGGAAGUCCAUUCUGAUAAUUCUGAUACCUGAGAUGUAACUGGGCUAAAGAGUGAAACAGGAAAAGUUCUAACACCAACCUUAAUUAUAAUGGCUACUGAUUCAGGAGAGCCAGCUAGCACAGACGAUUCUGAGAAACCUGAUGGAAUUUCGUUGGAAAGCAGAGUUCCUCAGGUUGCUGCAGCUUUGACAGUGGAAGCUAGACGGAAGGAAAGAAACAGUACCUUCUCUGCUUCUGGGGAAACUGUGGAAAGGAAGAGAUUUUUCCGAAAGAGUGUUGAGAUGACGGAUGCUGGCAAAGUUGCAGAAUCUUCCCCCAAAGAUGAAAGAAUAAAGGCUGCAACAAAUAUUUUAAGAGUAGAUAAACUUCCUACAAAUGUGCUAAGAGGUGAAAAAGAAGUUAAGCAUGAACAAUGUUCAAAGACGAUUUCAGAAUCCUCAAAAGAUUGUUUCAAGGAGAAAAAUGAAAAGGAAAUGGAAGAAGAAGCAGAAAUGAAGGCUGUAGCUACUUCUCCUAGUGGCAGAUUCCUGAAAUUUGACAUAGAGCUGGGAAGAGGAGCAUUUAAAACAGUAUAUAAAGGACUGGACACUGAAACAUGGGUUGAGGUUGCUUGGUGUGAACUGCAGGAUCGGAAGUUAACCAAAGCUGAACAACAAAGGUUCAAGGAAGAAGCAGAAAUGUUAAAAGGUCUCCAGCAUCCCAAUAUUGUUCGAUUUUAUGAUUCCUGGGAGUCUAUAUUAAAAGGAAAGAAAUGUAUUGUAUUAGUUACUGAACUAAUGACAUCAGGAACCUUAAAGACGUACUUAAAACGAUUUAAAGUCAUGAAACCAAAGGUCUUAAGGAGCUGGUGCAGGCAAAUAUUAAAGGGAUUGCAGUUCUUACACACUAGAACUCCUCCUAUUAUUCACCGGGAUUUGAAGUGUGACAAUAUUUUCAUCACGGGACCCACUGGAUCUGUGAAGAUUGGUGAUCUAGGACUAGCCACCUUAAUGCGCACAUCGUUUGCUAAGAGUGUCAUUGGAACUCCAGAGUUUAUGGCCCCAGAGAUGUAUGAAGAGCACUAUGAUGAGUCUGUGGAUGUGUAUGCUUUUGGAAUGUGUAUGCUGGAAAUGGCUACAUCUGAGUACCCUUAUUCUGAAUGCCAGAAUGCAGCUCAAAUAUAUCGCAAAGUGACUAGUGGGAUAAAACCAGCCAGUUUCAAUAAAGUCACUGAUCCUGAAGUGAAAGAAAUCAUUGAAGGGUGCAUUUGUCAAAACAAAUCUGAAAGGUUGUCUAUCAGGGAUCUACUAAACCACGCAUUUUUUGCUGAGGAUACAGGACUGAGGGUGGAGUUAGCAGAGGAAGAUGAUUGUUCAAAUUCAUCCCUGGCUUUAAGACUCUGGGUUGAAGACCCUAAAAAAUUGAAAGGCAAACACAAAGACAAUGAAGCUAUUGAAUUCAGUUUUAAUUUAGAAACAGAUACAUCUGAGGAAGUAGCAUAUGAAAUGAGUCCCAUGACCUGCCUCCAUGCUCAGCAGUGUAUUAAAGGAGAUAACUUCUGUGGGGUAAAAUGCAUGUCCACACCUGAUCCAGGCUGUGGCAGUGCUGGUGGUGGUGGUAGCGGAGUGCAGAUGCUUCAGCAGCACGUUGUCAAGAUGAGGCAACCCAUGUCACAGCCAUUUGGAGUUGAACAACAAGCAGCUCUUCUAAAACAAGAUUUAGUUCGAAGCUUGAAUCAUGAGGCAGCAGCUGCAAAGGAAAAUACCAAUAGCAUUGAUAACCAAAGUGGAAAUGGCAAACAGGAUCGGAUCAAACAGAGACGUGCUUCCUGUCCCCGACCAGAGAAGGGGCCUAAAUUUCAGCUUACUGUACUGCAGGUGUCAACCUCUGGAGACAACAUGGUAGAGUGUCAGCUGGAGACACACAACAACAAGAUGGUCACCUUCAAGUUCGAUGUUGACGGCGACGCUCCAGAGGAUAUUGCAGACUAUAUGGUUGAAGAUAACUUUGUGCUGGAAAGUGAAAAGGAAAAAUUUGUAGAAGAAUUGAGGGCUAUUGUUGGGCAAGCUCAGGAGAUCCUUCAUGUCCACUCUGCUGGAGAAAGAGCCAUUGGAGUUGACUCCAUUAUCGUGGAAUCCAACAGUAGCCAAACAGGAUCAUCUGAACAAGUACAGAUAAAUUCUGCAACCACUCAAACCAGCAAUGAAUCUGCUCCUCAGUCAUCCCCAGUUGGUCGUUGGCGAUUCUGUAUCAAUCAGACAAUAAGAAAUCGCGAGACUCAGUCUCCUUCUCUUCAGCAUUCCUUGUCUACAGUUCCUGGGCUACAUCCACUUUCUAGUCCAAGAAAUGCAAGUAAUAAGGAAAUACCACAUGACACACCGCUCACUAUAGAAAGUAAUCCAUGUCAACGUUCACUUUUGACCUCUAAAUCAGAAUACAAGGAUUUAGUUGAUGAUAAGAUUUCUGAAUAUGCUAGUGUAGAAACUGAACAGCCAGCUAUACUUUAUCAAGUGGAAGAUGACAGGCAGAUAAUGGCACCAGUUACUAGUAGUUCCAGUUGUAUUGCUACUUCAGUUCAUGCAUUUCCAGUUGAAUGUGAGGGACUCACCAAUCAAGCAGGCAUACCUGUGCAUCCGUAUCACCAAGCUGCCAGUCAGGCUGAUGUACUUAUGGUUCAUCCUGGCGAGUCAAUUGAGAUUUCUGGUAACUCUCUUACAACUCUGGCAUUUAUGUCUGACCAAAAGCUUCAAUCCUUAUCAGUGCAGCAGCCAACUAUGGAUGCAGAGUUUAUAUCACAAGAAGGAGAAACAACAGUGAACACUGAAGCAAGUCCUCCCAAGACAGCCAUUCCCCCUCAGACCCCAGGCCUGGAACCAGCUACCCUUGUACACACCACUAUCCUGGAAUCAGAUGGGGAAAGACCUCCAAAACUGGAAUUUGCAGAUAACCGAAUUAAAACUCUGGAUGAAAAAUUAAGAAACUUGCUCUAUCAGGAGCAUAGCAUAUCUAGCAUCUAUCCUGAGAGUCAGAAGGAUACCCAGAACAUAGACUCUCCAUUUUCUUCCUCUGCUGAAGAUACAUUCUCCUGCCCAGUUCCAGAAGUCAUAGCCACCAGUCACUGUGGAAUUCAAGAUAGUCCUACACAAUCCCCUAAUUUUCAGCAGACAGGCUCUAAGAUUCUGUCCAAUGUGGCUGAGAGUCAGCCUGCUAACAUAUCAGUGUUCAAAAGGGACCUGAAUGUGAUAACUUCUGUACCCAGUGAACUCUGUUUGCAUGAGAUGUCCCCAGAUGCUUCACUUCCAGGGGAUCCAGAGAUCUAUCCUGCUGCUGUGUCAAGCGGUGGAACCAUUCAUCUGCAGACAGGAGGUGGAUAUUUUGGCCUAAGCUUUACUUGUCCUAGUCUCAAAAAUCCUAUUAGCAAGAAAUCCUGGACUCGCAAAUUAAAAAGCUGGGCGUACAGGCUACGGCAGUCAACCAGCUUUUUCAAGAGAUCAAAAGUCCGUCAAGCGGAAGGAGAAGAUAUGAGAUCAGCAGUUGCUUCUGAUCCCAUUCCUCUGACAUGCGAGUCUACAGCUGAUACUAGGGCUUUAAGUAGUCGUAAAGUGAUGAGUGGAUCAUUUCAGCGGGGUCGGUUUCAGGUGAUUACAGUUCCUCAGCAGCAAUCAGUGAAAGUGACAUCUUUUGGAAUAGAACACAUACCAGCUUCCAAACAGAUUACAAGCCAUUCUAGUGAAGAAACUAUAGUUUUUACUGAAACAGCAAAGUCUCAGUUGGUAGAAAUGGAACCUGCCACGCACAAUCCACAGACUUCAUUUUCUUCUCAGAAGUUACGAGCUCUUCCUAAGACCUUUAAAAAAGAUGAAGGAAUUCCCAAACAAAGUGACAAAUCCUUAUCUUUCAGCACAGCUUGUGAGGCUAAUGUAUCUUUGAUGACUCCAGAAAAGGAAUUGGAAGAAACUUCAGCCACAGGAAGCAGUAGCCUACAGUCUGGAUCUGAGCUGUUGCUUAAAGAGAGAGAGAUACUGACUGUUGAAAAACAGCCUAGCUCUGAUAGUGAAUUUUCAACCCCUCUUGCUGGCAAUGGAAAGUCAGCGGCAAAGACUGGUCCAGAGAGUGGUCAGUGUUUACCACUCCAUGAAGAACAAGCUUGUGUUCAAACACAGAGCUCACUCUUAUAUUCACCUUCUUCCCCAAUGAGCAGUGAUGAUGAGUCAGAAAUAGAGGAUGAGGACUUGAAGGUGGAGCUUCAAAGGUUACGAGAAAAACACAUUCAGGAGGUGGUAAAUCUUCAAACCCAGCAGAAUAAGGAGCUGCAGGAGCUCUAUGAACGCCUUCGGUUAGUUAAAGACAGCAAAAAUCAAUCAUCAGAGAUUCCUCUGCCACCUACAUCACCACGUCGACCAAGAUCUUUCAAAAGCAAACUUCGUAGCCGUCCCCAGUCCUUGACACAUGGAGACAGUGACUUAGUUGCUACAGGUAAAUCAGUCAUAAAAGUGAUUUUUAAAAAAUCCUGGUCAAAGAUCAGCAAAAUUAUAAAAAUCAUGAUGAUAUAAUUUGUUUUUUAUUAAACUAAAAUGAUUUAAAGAAGUACAGAGUAUUCUGAGAUUCUUUUCUAUUUUUUGGUAUUUUUUUUCCUACUUUUUAAUGAAAUAGAAGCAAUGAUAGAUGAUAGAUUUGGGGGAGCAUAUGAGUGUCGUGUUUUAUGGUUUCAUUUGAAAAACAAAUAGUUGGAAACCUAUUAUCAAUCUCCAAAAUAAUUUCUGAAAUGUUGUCAAUGGAAACUGCUGGUCUAGCAUUUAGAGUUUGUUGGGGAGAGUGUUGGUCACAAAAAUAAUCUUAAAAAUACACUCAUGUUCUGUCUAUAGUAAGAGAUCUUUAUUUGUAAUGAGAAUAUUAGAAAUAGCCCUUCUUUGAC